UUUUACUUUCAGGACUUUUAGCUCUUCUGGUUUUUCCACGCUCUUUCCAGAAAGAAGCUGAUCAAAAGUAUCAGCAGCGAGUGUCCGUACACUUGUUGUAUCUCUACGCUGACAUGGCACAGUACCUGGACUCUGAGGCGGACGUGAGCGAGGGAGAGGAGGAAUUGGAUCAAAAUGAGAAGAAGAAACUGAAGAAGCUAAAGGCGAUGGAGGAAAGCGACGAAGAGGAGGAAGAUGAUGAAGAUCAAUUACGUGAAGAAUUGAAAGAUUUGAUAGAUGACAAUCCUAUAGAGGAAAGUGAAGGUGAAGACAGUGAUGGUUCGGAUCAUCAUAAAAAACGUAAACAAAGUGAUGACGAGGAUUUUGAUGAUCGCUUGGAAGAUGAAGAUUAUGAUUUGAUUGAGGAAAAUUUAGGUGUUAGACUUGAAAGGAAACGUUUUAAACGUCUUCGAAGGAUUCAGGAUGAAGAAUCGGAAGAAGAACAAGAAAAAGAAAUGGAUGAUGAAAGGGAUGCCAUUGCCAAUGAAUUAUUUGAAGGUUCUGGAGAUGAAAGGGAUCUUAUCACGGAGGAUGAAAGGCGAAGCGAACGUAGUCAUAGACCAGAGGCAGAAACCUUCGAAGAAGGUAGUGAUGAAGGAGAGUACACUGACGCAGAUGAUUUUAUCGUUGACGACGAUGGCAGACCUAUUGCAGAGAAAAGGAAGAAGAAGAAGCCAAUAUUUUCGGAUGCAGCGUUACAGGAAGCGCAAGAUAUUUUCGGUGUUGAUUUCGAUUACGAUGAAUUUGGUAAGUACGGCGAGGAGGAUUAUGAGGAGGAAGAAGAGGAGGAGGAAGAGGAUGAAUACUUAGAUGAAGAUGUCGACACCGAACGGCCGCGACGACCUAAAAAGCAGCUGAAGAAAAAGACGACGAGAAAGAGUAUCUUUGAGAUUUAUGAGCCCAGCGAAUUGAAACGUGGUCACUUUACUGAUAUGGAUAACGAGGUACGCAACACGGAUAUACCAGAAAGAAUGCAACUGCGAUCUGUACCAGUCACAUCAGUCCCAGAGGGUUCCGACGAACUUGAUCUCGAGGCGGAAUGGAUUUACAAGCAAGCAUUUUGCAAGCCUACAAUUUCGAUUCAAGAUGCUCAUUUGAACGCCGAAGCUAAGGAACGAGCGCGAAAGGGACCACAAACUAUCGGCAAAAUCAAGAAAGCCUUAGAUUUCAUGCGCAAUCAACACUUUGAGGUCCCUUUUAUAUCUUUUUAUAGGAAGGAAUACGUGUUGCCCGAGUUAAAUAUUAAUGAUCUGUGGAAAGUAUACAAGUUUGAUGCGAAAUGGUGUCAAUUACGCCAACGGAAGGAAAAUUUACUUAAACUGUUUGAAAAGAUGCGCAACUAUCAACUGGAUGAAAUUAUGAAAAAUCCGGAUGCGCCGCUGCCGGAUAACAUACGAUUGAUCAAGGAUGAUGACAUUGAGCGGCUGAAAAAUGUGCAGACAAGUGAGGAGCUCAGUGAUGUCUAUCAUCAUUUCAUGUUGUAUUAUUCUCACCAGAUUUCAGCGAUGCAGGAAGCCGUGCGACAGAAGGAGAAAGAGGCACGGCGUGAAGAAAGGAUUCAGCGGCGCAAACAACAAAUUGCCGAAGCGGAAGAAAAUGGAGAAGAUCCGCCGGAAGAAGAAGAGGCGCAGGAGGAAGAGGAAGCCGAUGACACACUGAAGCAAGCGGUGAGAAGCGGUCCGUAUUCCAUCUGCCGGAAAGCCGGCCUGGAUGGUCUGGCGAAGAAAUUCGGCCUGACACCCGAACACUACGCCGAGAAUCUACGCGACAAUUAUCAGCGUCACGAGGUGGAUCAAGAGCCAACUGAACCAACAACGAUCGCAAACGAAUACUGUAGUUCACGAUUCAAGACCGCAGAGGAAAUAUUGAAAGCCUCUCAGUUGAUGGUAGCGAUUCAGCUUGCACGUGAGCCACUCGUGCGUAAAUGCGUACGCGAGAUGUACAUGGAACGCGCCAAGAUUUCUGUGAAACCGACGAAAAAGGGCAUCAAGGAGAUCGACGAAAAUCACCCCAUUUACACUAUGAAAUACUUGAAGGACAAACCAGUACGUGAUCUUGUGGGUGUUCAAUUUUUGAAUUUAGUGAUUGCCGAAGAUGAUAAACUCAUCACGAUUACUCUCAGUGACUCGAUCGAAGGUAAUACCAGCAGCAAUUACGUAGAUGAGAUGAAACAACUCUAUUGCCGAGAUGAGUUCAGCAAACUCGUGCAGGAUUGGAAUGCAUUACGCGUUGGUAGCGUCGAGCUCGCACUUAAUCGCAUGGUAAUACCGCAUUUGAAGAAAGAGUUACGCACAAAUUUGAUUGCUGAAGCAAAGGAAUGCGUAAUGCGCGCAUGUUGCCGCAAGAUGUAUAAUUGGAUCAAAGUUGCACCAUACAUCUGCGAGUUUCCCGAGGAAGAGGACGAAGAAUGGGACACCAGUAAAGGUCUUCGCGUCAUGGGUUUGGCUUAUGUGCCCGAUUAUUCUCAGGCAGCCUUUACCUGUCUGGUCGCAGCUGAUGGCGAAUGCACGGAUUAUUUGCGUCUGGCGCAUCUGAUGAAACGCAAAAAUAGUUAUCGCGAGGAUGAAAAGGCAAUGAAGGAAGCUGACUUGCUGGCGCUGAAAAACUUCAUAGCCACGAAGAAGCCGCAUGUUAUAGUAAUAGCCGGCGAGUCCCGAGAGGCGAAUAUGAUUGCUGAUGACAUCAGGGAAUGCAUCACUAAUUUAACAGGAGAGGAGCAGUUUCCUUCUAUCCAAGUAGAAAUCUAUGACAAUGAGCUUGCAAAGAUCUAUUCCAACAGUAACAAGGGUGUUUCGGAAUUCCGGGAUUAUCCAGAACUAUUACGUCAGGCCAUUUCAUUGGCGAGAAGAAUGCAGGAUCCGUUAGUAGAAUUUUCGCAAUUAUGCACUGCGGACGAGGAAAUUCUUUGCCUCAGAUAUCACAGUCUGCAGGAUCAACUACCCAAAGAAGAGUUAUUGGAGAAUUUGUAUUUGGAGUUCGUCAAUCGUGUGAACGAGGUUGGCGUAGAUGUGAACAAAGCAGUUCAACAAGCAUACUGCGGCAACCUUGUUCAAUUCGUUUGCGGUCUUGGCCCGCGAAAAGGUCAAGCGUUAAUCAAAAUGCUGAAGCAGACGAAUCAGCGGCUGGAGAACAGGACGCAGUUAGUUACUGCGUGUCAUAUGGGACCGAAAGUAUUUAUCAAUUGCGCCGGCUUCAUUAAGAUCGAUACCAAUAGUCUGGGCGACAGUACCGAGGCAUAUGUAGAGGUACUCGAUGGCUCACGUGUGCAUCCCGAAACUUACGAAUGGGCGAGGAAAAUGGCAGUUGACGCACUAGAAUAUGAUGAUGAAGACGCUAAUCCCGCCGGUGCUCUUGAGGAGAUACUUGAAUCACCGGAACGUCUGAAGGACUUAGAUCUAGACGCUUUUGCGGAGGAGCUUGAGCGACAGGGUUUCGGCAACAAGUGUGUCACUUUAUACGACAUCAGGGCCGAGUUGAAUAGUCGCUACAAGGAUCUCCGUGUGCCGUAUCAAUCGCCAAACGCAGAAAAAUUGUUUGAUGUCCUGACGAAGGAGACGCCAGAGACUUUCUAUGUCGGAAAACUAGUGCUGGCCACAGUGGUUGGCAUCAGUCACAGGAAACCGCAGGGUGAUCAACUCGAUCAGGCAAAUCCGGUGCGAAAUGAAGAGACCUGCUUGUGGCAAUGUCCGUUCUGCCUGAAAAAUGAUUUUCCCGAAUUAUCAGAGGUGUGGAAUCACUUUGACGCUGGCGCUUGUCCAGGCAAGGCCGUCGGUGUAAGAUUGCGACUGGACAAUGGUAUAUCUGGCUAUAUUCAUAUCAAAAAUUUAUCCGAUCGACACGUUGCAAAUCCUUGCGAAAGAGUCGGUAUGGGACAAAUCAUUCAUUGCCGUAUCAUUAAAAUCGAAGUGGAUCGAUUCAGUGUUGAGUGCACUAGCAAGAGUAGUGAUCUAGCUGACAAAAAUCAUGAAUGGAGACCGCAACGGGAUCCAUUUUACGAUACUGAGACUGAACAGAAGGAUAUGAAAGUAGAAGAGGACGCGAAGAAAGCGAAGCAGCGACAAAUUUAUGUGAAGCGUGUAAUUGUCCAUCCGUCUUUCCAUAACAUUAGUUUUGCUGAAACCGUAAAACUAAUGCAGACAAUGAAACAAGGCGAAGCGAUAGUCAGACCGAGCAGCAAAGGUGCCGAUCAUUUAACAGUUACAUGGAAGGUCACCGAUGAUAUUCUCCAACACAUUGACGUUCGCGAGGAGGGCAAAGAAAAUGCCUUCUCGUUGGGACAAAGUCUUUGGAUAGGUAAUGAGGAGUUCGAGGAUCUGGAUGAAAUAAUUGCCCGACACGUUAAUCCCAUGGCUGCUUAUGCCUCCGAAUUACUAGAUUUUAAGUAUUAUAAGCCAUCCGUGGAGGGAAUCAAAGACAAAGCGGAAGAAAUAUUAAAGGAACAGAAGAAGGAGAACCCUGGUGGAAUUCCCUAUAUAAUAUCGGCAGCUAGGACCUAUCCUGGGAAAUUCCUUCUCUCGUAUUUGCCUCGCACUCGUUGCCGUCAUGAAUAUGUCACAGUGACGUCCGAAGGCUUUAAAUUCCGGGGACAAAUGUUUGGUAGAGUGAGCGACUUGUUACGCUGGUUCAAAGAACAUUUCAGAGAUCCAGUGCCCGGACAAUCCACACCCAGUACACCACGCGGCGCGAUGACUUCUAGAACACCUUACACUACUACGCCGGGAGCAGUCAGUGGAAUGAAUCAAGAGGCAAUCCAGCGAGUCGCACAGAAUCUUCCACAUCACAUGCUGCAUUCGUUGUCACAAGUGGCGAAUCAGACACCGCAUCACUAUCCGCCGCACACCCCAGGGACGGCGGGUGCUGCCGGUUACGGCGGAGUGCACACGUAUCCGAACACACCAUAUACGCCGUCUGGUCAGACCCCGUUCAUGACUCCAUAUCAAACGCCUCAUCAUACACCGCAUCAUGGUCAACCUACUCCUAGAUACGGCCAACAAACACCAAGCCAUCAUCAAGGACCCUUCGUGCAUCCGCCGCCACCCUCGAUGACACCCGGUCAUCACAGAUCCGCUCAAUCGCAUAGACCUACGCCACCCUUAUCCACUCCCUCCGGCGAUCCAACAGACUGGAAAAAAGCGGCUGAAGCGUGGGCACGUCUAAAAAGUAAUCCCCGAGUCUCUGGAUCAACGCCCAGAUACGAAGAAUCUAGAAAAACCCCGCGUAAUUACGAAGAGUCUGUCGGCAGAACGACGCCAUCUGGAAGGAGCAGACCUUCGUCUGCGCGGACUCCUUCGUAUAAGUCACCACGAGGUACCCCACAUACAAAUUCUAGUCCACGAAGUAUGUCCCUCAGCGGGGAUGGUACUCCUCUGUAUGAUGAAAGCUAACGGGGUCGUUAUCAUUUUGUGCAUAUAGUUGAUUAUAUUUAUUAGUUACAUCAUAUCAUAUACAUAUAUUAAACGAUAAACGUAUGUCACAGAUGAUUUUGGCAUCUGUUUUAUCCGUUAGAUAACAGGACAUUGAUCGCUCGCGUUAAACUUAAUCAUUGCUGAUAUGAUAUGAUAACUAUAAUAAAUAAAGAUAUAAUAAGUAUAGUAAAUUCUUCAAUUA